AUCAUGCAUGUAAUUACGGUUGAAAAUUGAUUGAAUGUCAGCUGUUAAACCAUGGGCAAGAUUGAUUACUUCGUCGUUGAAUUUUAUGGAGGGAAAAGGACGUUUUACCCAGGGGAGGCAAUUAAUGGAACCCUCCGUCUCAAAGUGAAUAAGGAGUUAAAACUGCGAGGCCUACGGAUUGAGUUUCAUGGCAAAGCUCACGUACAUUGGAGUGAAACCCACGGAUCUGGAGAUAACAGGAGAACAAGACACUAUAAUAACAGCCAAACUUACAUCGAUACCUUAGCAACAUUGUUCGGUAAAGGUCAGUUUGGGUUUUAUUCAUUUUGUUAUUGGACGUGUAGAGUGUCAUUGUUGCUUGUCGAAUAUUCAAGCUGGAUCAUUGUUAUGAAAACCGGCUUCCAACAUUAAUCAUUUAUAAACCUCUUAUUGAAGGGUUUUACAUUUUGAGUUUGUUUUUAGAAGCAACCUCGACUAACCUCGACUAACUUUUCUUGCUUACAUUCUGGCUUAGCUUUCUUGAAGAGUGUUAGCAGGGCUAAUGGCGUGAAGUCUCGAUUUAAGCCACAGGUUAAAUUUUAAAAUUUAUGCUCAAUUUGUUUUAAGCUUACAAAGUACUUUUAUCGCGGUCAGGUUUGCAUAUUAUCGCUGUAAUUUUCGAAACCGAACGAAACGAAGCAAAAACAAAAACCUAUACUUAAAGAAAUGAACUCAAAGUUUCGAAAUAAAACUCUGUUUAUGUGUGUAUCAGGUUAGGAAAAGUGCCACAAACAUUGAAAACAAAAGUAUCCGAUAGAUAUAAUACCAAGUACAUUGCUGGCACCUUAUUCAGGCUGGGUGAUUUUCCUAUUACAGAUAAAGUAUGCAUUUUCGGCACAGUUCUCCUUCUUCAUUUAUCGAGAGAUGUAUCACUUUGGAAGUAAUUGAUAUGCUGCAUCAGUUAAUUCCAAGAAAAAUUACUCUUCACCCUCUUUGCCCACCAUGUCCAGGCAUACCUCAAACAUUUACCUCCCUUUGGAACUAGGUGCAAUGUUAGACUUGCUACUAGUCGACCUCUUGGCGAGUGGAGCAAGCCUUGUUCGGCCGCGAGCGAGGAAGUCGGGAGAGGUCGACUUGUCUCGCUUGAUGGGUUUUCCAUUUGCAUUUCGUGCCAAAAAUGGGGAGUGGCAUGACUUGCAUUUGGGGUUUCAGGUUUCAUUUGCGAGUCCUUGCCUUCAAUGGCGGAAUGUGCAGAUUCCACUCCAACUAAAUCUAUUGAACAUGUGUGUGUAUCUCCAUCAUCGAAGGAGCAAAUUUGUUUACUUUGUGCGAAAGUUGUCUCUAACAAUGAUUUUAGGCGAAAGUUGACGACCUCAGGGGGCCGGAAAAAAAACAAAAAAAACUUGUUUCAAUCCUGAGUCAAUACUGGGAAAGGAGAUUUCACAACCAAGGAAUCCUUGACAUCCGCACACAUUUUAAACCUACAAAGACUUUUCAAUACACGCAUUUCUCUUCCUGUAACCCUCAUGGGGUCAGAAAAGGUGUCAUAAAGGGCCAAGCCCUUAUACCCCUGAGAACUAACUCCUCAUCUAAAUCCUUCUAUGACAACAUCUUCAACUUCAAAAAACGCCUUUGCGCUAGAGGUUACCGUCACAAUCUCAUAGAAAAAAUCACCUCUGACAGGAGCCAAUUACUGCCUCUGAGGUUAAAUUUACCGCGCGGAAGUCAGCUUUACAAAAGAACAAUGAAGUGCGAAAGAAAAUUCUGCCUUUCGUUACCACGUACCACCCUGCUUUGCAGAACCUUAAAAACAUUUUAAUGAGCAAAUGGCACUUAAUUCAAGAUCAACCACUACUGAGAGAAAUACAGUGUAUACAACAAGCCUCCCAUCAUUUCACAUAAAAGAGCAAAAUUGCUGUGAGAUAUCCUCAUAAUUUAGAGCAAAACUAUAAGGUCACGUAGCACACUGUCACAAGCCUAUAUUAUGAGUCGUACUUUGCCUGUCAACACCUUCCACUUCGCAAUCAACCCCAUGUUGGAAUUUGAACCUCAAGUCACGUUUCAAUGUGCUUAAUACUUGUGAGUGACAGCUUUAUCCCCAAGGGUAGCUACUCUGAUUGGUCCAAGCACACCGACCCGUUUUUGGGUCAGUAAAAUUGGCACCAAACAAGUAUGAAAAGUCCUUGGUCCCGCCCCAUAUGAAAUCCGAUGAAGGACUUUUUUGAAAGUCUAGGUGCAAUGUAUUUGAUGCAAAAUGGAGCCCACAAGGACCACAUAGGGGCUGAUCGUUUAUUAUUGGUGAGAGGGGGCUGGCCAUUUUGCUGGGGGGUCAUUUUCAAAAUCUUAAUUUAUUUUGGAGGGGUUCAUUUUCAGUUGGGAGUGUUACGUACCUGGAUGCUGAUUUUAAUGAAUUUCAUGAAAGUAGUGCAAAGCAGUAACAAGUAUGAACUGAAAUUUUUAUUUAACAGCCAUUAAAAUAAUAGUGAACACCCAUCUCAUAAACACAACUCAGUAGAUUUACUGAACUCUGGCACAAUUUAAUGUAGCUAGAAUAUUGAUAAUUUUUGUAGUUUCAACUGCAAUCAGGUGGGUGAGGGGGGGGUUCACUUUCACAAUACAUAAGAUUUAUGGGGGUCAUUUCUAAAAAGCUAGGAUGAAUUAGGGGAUCUGUUUGAGAUUCCUCUAAGCUUUUUCCCAUUGCCAUUAAUACCUACUUACCCAAGUGUACCUAUCUAUCUACGUUGAUUAACAGCUCCAGGUCAGAGUGGCAAUGACCCAGUUCUCCAGCCUGGUGAUUACUCCUAUCCAUUUCAGUUUCUAAUCCCAAACACUAAUAUGCCGACCUCAGUAGAAGGAAGGUAUGGCUAUGUUCGCUACUGGUUAAAGGGAAUUGUUGACCGCCCAUGGAGAUUUGAUAUCACGACCAAAGCAGCUUUCACUAUGUUGGAAUAUGUGGACAUCAAUACACCUCUGCUUUUAGUAAGUUUUUAUUAACAUCAUGAUCUUUCCCUAGCAAAUCAAAUACAAUGUAUUGGGUCUGUGCUUACUCUUACAAAGCUUUUUUCCUCUAUCAGAAAAUACAGAGAGAGGAAAUCUGAAAAUAUUAAUUACCAAGUUAUUCGUAACUUUUUCAACAGGACCUAGGAAAACUGGCAGAGACAUAUUUUGGUAGACUUAAUUUUAAUAAAUGUGAUUUGGAAUAGAAAUUGAUUUUGAAAAAUACAAGUAUCUUUGAUCGUUACAAUUGCAACAUGUUUGCAUUCAGUAUACAUGAACAUGGUGGUGUAAGUUGUAGCCUAUUCUGUAUAGUCAGAAACUCUUAUGAGGUUCUGGCAUUAAAGUAUAAUGAAGGUAUAUUAAAUGAACAGAGUAUUAGCAUCAUGAGAUUGCAAAAACUGGCAAAGUAAAGUUCCUUUAAUAGUGCCCCCUAUACAGGGUUGGACAUUGGCGUUCGCCCACUCACUGCACCCAGGCAAGUUCCAAAAUGGUCGGGCAAGUACAAAUCAAGAAUCACAUGCCCAGUUUGGCGAGUAUGGUGUUCAUACUGGCACCAUACGUUAAUUCAAAAUUAACGGCACUUUUCACUUUCCACUUGAAAAUAAUCUACACUGUCCUUUAGCCAGAAGCUUACCAAUGUUCUGAAAAGUCCAUCAACCCUGGUCUGUAUUUUUUAAAACGGGUUGGUGAACAGACAAAAUGCUCCUUGCUUCGAUGAUUGCUACAUGAAGGAUGAACACUUGUACAAAGUACCAGUAAUACCUCUGGUCAUUAAAUACACUGCGUUGUCCACAGAACCGCAAAAUGCGGGAAAAUAGAAAGAUUGGAGAGAGCAUCACGUUUAUGUCAAAUGGCAAACAUAAAUUUGUACCACAUGACAAAGUUUCCCCUUUGUUGUUUUCUAUUUUGAGCAAUUCUGAACGUGAAUCUGACUUUUGCCAUUUGCGUUAAACUCUCCAUUAAGAGUCACAUUUGCGGCAAGUGGCAAAGUCAGAUUGAAGUUGAGAAUUUUUCAGAAAAGAAAAUAAUCAGUUAAAAAAUAUCCAGAAAAAUUCUUAUGGAUAAAACUGGUGGGAAACUAUGCUUUUUUUGAGUUAGAAGUAAUCAACAGUAAAUGACAAUUAAGAAGAAAACUGAGGUAGGUCUAAGUUUGCACACAGACUAGCAAAAAUUGGGAAAAAUUGGAGAAAUUGCAGUUUUUGCUAAAAUUGCUAAAUUCAAGUGCACAAAAAAUGCAGUUUUUGCUGAUGCCUGCAAACCUGGACAUAAGUGGAAAAACUUGGUCACGUGGUACAAAUUCAUGUUUGCUGUUUGGCAUAAACAUGACUCUUAAUCAAUCUAAUGGCUCUAUCUUGCCGCCGCUUUUAGUGUAUAAUUUCGACACUUUGCUUGAGUGUGUUGUUGUUUCCUUUUCGUUUAUUAAGAUCUAUUUCAGGGCAUGGUGAGUGAACUUCCAUGCAGUGAGGAGGGGGCUUUUCUUUAUGGUAGGAGACUGGGUCAGACGCUCCAAAAUUUUAGUUUCCAACCCUUUUAUAGUAGCAGUUUUAUAGUAUACUAAGCCUUAGAUAGGGGCUAAUUUUUAAGUGACUGGAGUCAAGUCUAAUACAACCAUACAUAUUUCAACUCUUAUUUCCUCAGCAACCUUGUCAGAUCCAAGAGGAUCGUAAUGUGGGAUGCCUGUGCUGUGUAUCUGGUCCACUCAGUAUUAUUGUCUAUACUGACAGAGGAGGUUACUGUCCAGGAGAAUCUAUUGGUGUCUCUGCAGUCAUUAAUAAUAAUUCAAAAAAUGAGAUUAUUGGGCUGGAGAUACAACUUAUUCAACUCACUGUCUUCAUUGCUUCUGGUGGUGGGUAAAAGAACCAACAUCACACUUAAGAACAAGUCUAGAACAAAUUAAUUAAUAGUCAAUUUAAUUUGAUUCAGUAUUUGCGUCAGCACUGUUUUGAAUUGCAGUGGGAACUGCACAAUAUUUUUGUUAUAAUGGUGUGAAAUAUAUUAACCUGAUUGACCGAGUUUUGUAAGGAGGCUAUAACGUUUGAGUCUACUCAGUUUUUGAUUUACUAUGGUGUAACCAUUAAAAUGAAAACUUUUGGCAGAUGACUUUCACAUGGUACUAUUUGUCAGGUCUUGUACAUAUACAUGCAUAAGCAUAUUGAUAAAGUCCUUAAUACACAAGAAAGCUUCACCUCUAGUUGGAGAAGAAAAAAGUUCCUGAAAGGUUUCCUGUUCAUAUUUAUUUGAUGGAGUUGAAAUCAUACUUCAAUUUAACUGAUUGCUGUCGAACACCUGGACACUUUGAGGCUAUAUCCCUAAAACAGUACUCGUGGCUGCAUAGCCUGUUCCAGGCUCUUAGAUAGUGGGGAAGAUGCGAAAGAAAAAGGUGCGCGAAAAGUUGGCGUUUUAUUNAGAGGAGGUUACUGUCCAGGAGAAUCUAUUGGUGUCUCUGCAGUCAUUAAUAAUAAUUCAAAAAAUGAGAUUAUUGGGCUGGAGAUACAACUUAUUCAACUCACUGUCUUCAUUGCUUCUGGUGGUGGGUAAAAGAACCAACAUCACACUUAAGAACAAGUCUAGAACAAAUUAAUUAAUAGUCAAUUUAAUUUGAUUCAGUAUUUGCGUCAGCACUGUUUUGAAUUGCAGUGGGAACUGCACAAUAUUUUAGUUAUAAUGGUGUGAAAUAUAUUAACCUGAUUGACCGAGUUUUGUAAGGAGGCUAUAACGUUUGAGUCUACUCAGUUUUUGAUUUACUAUGGUGUAACCAUUAAAAUGAAAACUUUUGGCAGAUGACUUUCACAUGGUACUAUUUGUCAGGUCUUGUACAUAUACAUGCAUAAGCAUAUUGAUAAAGUCCUUAAUACACAAGAAAGCUUCACCUCUAGUUGGAGAAGAAAAAAGUUCCUGAAAGGUUUCCUGUUCAUAUUUAUUUGAUGGAGUUGAAAUCAUACUUCAAUUUAACUGAUUGCUGUCGAACACCUGGACACUUUGAGGCUAUAUCCCUAAAACAGUACUCGUGGCUGCAUAGCCUGUUCCAGGCUCUUAGAUAGUGGGGAAGAUGCGAAAGAAAAAGGUGCGCGAAAAGUUGGCGUUUUAUUUUCGUGUUUGUGCUUUCUCAAUUCAGUGGACCCAACUAUCUCGGAGCCUGGAACAGGCUAGUGGCUGCAUGGCUACAUAGCCAUGUAGCCGUGUAGGCACUUAGCUGCGAGACAACUUUUUGCACUGCUGUAACUCUUACUUUGCAAACUACAAAAUAAAAGCAAGCCAGAGUCCCAUAGCCACAUACACGUAGCCACUGUUUUAGGAGUAGAGGUUAGAAGUGGCUGCAGUUACUCCCAUGAUUUUUACCUUCAUCAUCACCAUCAUCGAUUUAAUUCAUUUCUAGGGAAACAAAAACACUGGGAAGAUAAGGUUGCAUCCAUGUUUCAAGAAGGAGUGAAGCCUGGGGAAGAGACUCGCAUGCCAAUGGUACCACUUCCAGUCCCCUCUCUGCCCCCUACCAUGACGAGUUGCAGUUGCAUAAGGAUAUCGUAUUGUCUACGGGUAAUUUACCUAUUAUCUGUCCAUUUGGCUGAAUUGUUUGAAAUAUCUGAUUUUUUUUUUUGACGACUGUCAUUUGCUGCCUUGCCAACAUUUUGCCAUUAAGUCAAACCAACCGUAGUUGUUCUGGUUUGAAUGACAGGACUUGCAUCUGGUGUGAAUUCAUUUGUUGAUGGAAUAUUUUUAGUACUGCUAAGAACUCUUGUUUUGCCCCAUGUAAGGGAAUCCUGAUUCCAGAAUCCGGGAAAAUUUUGUUUAUGGAACUAGGAAUACAGCCCAAGGAAUCCGGAAUCCCGCUAACGAUUGGAAUCCAGAAUCCAAGUUCCAAGUUUGACAAAGACGAGCUCCCCUAAAAGGGCCUGCGUGGGAGGCUAGCAAAUCUCUGGCUCAUGUUAAAUUGUAUUCUCUUCUCAAUUACUCUAUCGCCAGAUGCCACCUUUAUCUUGUUAAAAAAUAUGACGCUUUAUCGAAUAACUGACCCCUGAUGAUUGGACCAAACGGUAAAGAAACUAAUUGCUGUUCGCAGUAGGAAGUUUAUUGGUUGUCACUCAAACCCUAGCGUCCUUAACAACGCCAGCGUCCUGUGGUGUGCAAAAAAAGUCGUAUGCGGGUCCUCAUAGUAAGGAACAAUUACGACUUUAAGUGCCGAGGUUUGUUUCGUUCAUUAGCAAACGAAUCCUGAAAAUGUUCAAAUCAGAGCUGAGCUGGAAUAGCCAACAAAAAAUGUUUCUCCCCACUGUCUUUCACAGAUAUGUACUAGGAGGUGUGCAGAGUUGAUAUAAAAUCGAGUUAAACGCCAACAGUUGUAGGUCAGUUCUAUUUCGUUGCUUAUUUUUUUUCUUGCAACCUUUCAACAGCUGAAAGUUAGAGUGAAGGGUGCCUUCAACUCAACAUUAAACAUUCCUAUCACAAUUGGCUCAGUUCCAUAUCGGCCGCCCCUUCAUCCAGCCCAAUACCCACCCCCAGGUGCUGCUUUGACUCCUAGUGCCCCACCACUGGCGGGAUUUGACGCAGCAUCAGCGUAUCCACCAGCCGCUACACAGUAUAGUGACCCUACGCAGAAUUAUCCAAAUAUUGGUAAGAAACAUUUUGUAUCGUGACUACUGUAGUAUUCCGAAAUUAAUUCCACCCGCCCACCCACCCUCACAAAAAUUACGGCUACCAGUAGGGUUACACUAGCCUUUGGUGUCCUUACACUGGACCUUGCCCCCAAAGCGGGUUGGGCUCGCUCUGGGAUCUGAUCACUUUGCUGUUUUCGGUUACACGCCAAUAAAUUGCCCAAGGGGAAGAAAAGCUUGGACCCGGUUUCACGGGGGUCAAUUUAUAAAAAGAAAGAAAAAAACUGGCUCCAGAACUCUUCGACCUAAGGUUUUGCUUUUGAAACAUCACUUGUUUUUUAUUUCAGCUCCUCCUUCGUACGCAGAGUGUGUUAGCGGUGGAGCGUCAAUCGAUGACGAGGGCGAUAAAAAGAUGCUGGGUGAUACCAGCUUUACACCAAUGUACCCAUUUGUUAAUAACUACCAACUUCCCUCUGCACCGCCUCCUUCAUUUCCCUAA